AUGGGUACGUCUGUAUCUAUAAGUCUAUCUGUUGCUAUGAAUGGUCAACCUUUUCUUUUUUUACGUCUGCUUUAUUUCUUCACAAAGUAUUCUCUCUCUCUCUCCCCCCCUCUCUCUCUCUCUUUGUCUUUCCUCUCAAAUUAUUGUUUCUCUCUUUCAAAGUAUUAUCACUCUCUUUCUUCCCAAAGUAUUCUCUUUUGUUCCCAAAUUAUUGACACUCUUUUUUCUUCCCAAAAGUAUUCUCUCAGUCUUUCUUUCCAAAGUAUUCUUUUUCCUUUUUUUCUCUCCAAAGAUUAUAUAUAUUUAUAUGUUAUUCUUCCUUUCUUUCCAAAGUAUUUCUCACUCUCACACUCUUUCUUUCUUCUCGAAGUAUUUUUCUCUCUCUUUCUCUCUCACUUUUUUUCCCAAAGUAUUCUCACUCCCAUUGACUUUUUCUUUCUUCCCAAAGUAUCUCCCUGUCACUCACUUUUCUUUCCUCUCAAAGUAUUCUCUCUCUCCUUCAUUCUUCCCAUUGUAUCUCUCUCACUCUCUCUCACUCACUCUUUCGUUCUUUUUAAAGACGUUCUCUCUUUAUCUCUCCUAUUAUUUCUUUCUUCCCAAUGUAUAGGUACCUCUUACUCUCACUACUCUCACUUUUUCUUUCUUCGCAAAGUAUUCUCUUUCUCUCUUUUCUCCCCAAAGAGUGUCUAUCUAUCUAUCUAUCUAUCUAUCUAUCUAUCUAUCUAUCUAUCUAUCUAUUAUUGA